GCCCGCAGAGAGGCCCGUACGGCAGGAGGAGACAGGCUGGGACGCGCCGUGCGGGGACGAACGCUGCCGCUGCCGCAGAGCAGACUGCUGCGAGACGCAGGAGCUACAAGGGCACAAAACAACCGGCAACCACGGCAACUUUGCAGAGACAACAGACAGCCAUAAUGCGGCACCGCCCGCCGACCCCGGAGCUGAUGUGACUGUGCACACACGGAGCAGGGAGGAAGCGGCGGACAGUACCACCACCUCUCCACGGUUGCCUCGCCUCGCCUCGCCUCGUCUCGGUGUGCGCGGCAGGUCGGUCCGUCUGUCUGGUGGGGGACAUGUCCUCGCUAAGCGUAGAGGAGGACCAGAAAUGGGUACCGACACACGUCCAAGUGACGGUGCUGAGAGGCAAGGGCUUACGGGGCAAGGGCAAGCACGGCACCAGCGAUGUGUACACCAUCAUCCAGCUGGGGAAGGAGAAAUACUCGACCUGCGUGGUGGAGAACACCACCGAGCCGGAGUGGAGGGAGGAGUGCUCGUUCGAGCUGCAGCCCGGCGUGGUGGAGAGCGGCGGGCGGAGCGGCUACUCGGCCGGGAGCAACGAGCUGGUCCUCACCGUGAUGCACCGGGCGCUCAUCGGGCUGGACGUGUUCCUUGGACAGGCUGUGAUCCAGCUGGACAAGGUCUUUAACGAGAGUAAAUUCUUGAAAAACGAGUGGUUCAGACUCAACUCCAAAACGGGGAAGAAGGAGAAGGAACGAGGAGACAUUCAAGUCAACAUCCAGUUCACCCGAAACAACCUGACGGCCAGCAUGUACGACCUCGUCAUGAAGGACAAGGGCACCUCCACCUUCAGCAAGCUCAAAGAGCGCAUGAGGGGGAAGAGGAGAUCCAGUGACGAGGACUCCUCGUCGGCCGUCCUGCCAGGUGGAUACGGGUCUUUGUAUCGGAUGCGUCAACGGCUGCCGAGCGAUGGAGGCGGGGAGGAGGAUUACGAGGAUGACGAGGGGGGCGAGGCCCGGCGGAGCAAGAUGAGGACCUUUUUCCUGAGAGGGAAACUGAGGAAGUCAUCAGACACUCGUUCCAGCACAUCACUGGGCUCGGAGAGUAGCGAGUCGUCGUCGCGGGGUGGGAGCCUCAGUCCCACAGCCGGCAUCAGCGUGGUGGUUUCUGACCUCUCUAACUCGCCCAGUAACAGCAGCAACCUGACGGCAGACAACAGCCCAGAGCACACAGCAAACACAUCACCCAAGUCGUCCUCUCUGAAAUGUGAUGAGGCCGGUGAGAUCACCAUAGCAGUGCCUCAGCCCACUGUGUGCGUUAACGGAAGCCAUGCUUAUAACGUCCAGCCCCUGGACCCAGGCUCAGGAAAGCGUGCAGAUUCUUUAGGCCUGGGACUGUUGCAGAAGUCUAUGCCCCUCUCCAUGUCGCUACAAAACCUCAGCCCGCGGGCUUCCACAGACUUCCCCAAAGGUCCCAUGGGGGACGGGCGCCGCUGGUCUUUUGACAAACCCGGCGAGGAGGAAAAGGCUGCCAUAGCAGCAGCUUUGGAGCAAAGCGGCCCCAUGCAGGGCGAAGAAGCGGAACGUUUAGGACAGGCUGAACCCCCAAAAGCUGCCUCCAUGACGGAGACAGAAAGCCAGGGGAAGAAGCAGAGGAGGAACUUGUUCUCCCACGGGAGGAGUGAGUCUGCUGGGAAAGGGCUGAGUCAGUCUAAGGAUGGGUCUGAACAGGCCCCCGCUGCCACUGAGGAGAAACACAGGGGUUGGUUCGGAUCAAAGGACUCGCACAGCAAACCCAGCCUGGUGGUGUCCCCUAAACUAAAGCCCAGCACUGAUCCCCACCCACCACCCCUCCCUUCUAGUCAGCACCCUUUAGGCCCCCCUGUACCUACUUCCUCUCUGGUUUCUACGCUGCAUCACACUAACCCCUUCUGCCACUCACAGACCACACCACCUCCCAUAUCCCCCUGCAACCCUUUCUUCUCUCUCCUCCAGCACAACCCUUUCUAUGAGGACAUGCUAACCACUCAGCCCCUAAAACCUUUAUUGCCUCCUUUGCCCUAUCUCUCCAGUUCCCGGCCCCCCAUAGCUCAGCUCUUUCCGCAGGCGAGUAACCCUAACCCCACUCUGACCCACAUCAACCCAAACACAGAGGACUCCAUCUUUGGCACAGAUGCAAAGAGCGACCUGAUGGCCAAAGCUGAGAAACAACCCUUUCCUCCUGCUCCCACAGAAGGGAAGAAACCUUUAAGCAGGAAGUCGUCCAACCCUUUUACGUCUGCUGGGGAGCUGGAACCAGAUCCAGAGUGGGACGAAUCCUUUGAAGCAUUUGCAGCUGGCAGGCUUCAGUCUCCCGAGGACCCGACCACAGAUUCUAAAACACGGAAAAACACUGCCGGUGACCGUCCACUGGAACGCUGCAAUAAUGAAGGAACAUUACUCCCCGUAACAGAAGCUGAUCAGAGCAUAAAUGUGAAUGACGCACUACAUCAUCAACCGUGCAGAAAAUUAAUAUCUGAAGCUCACAAGUCCACCAGUCACAUGACCAACACUAAUACUCAUCACCUCGAUGCAUUUGUGCUUGAAACAAUCCCUGAACACAGAGGCUUUGAGACUGAAACCAUAACUUUAAAUGCUUCCGCUGACUCACCAAAACUUGAUGCUUGCACCGAAACUAACAAAGCUAACAGCACUACUAACACAAAUGAUUCAGCGUCAUUUACACAGCUCAACAGCAGCUCCCCAGAUCCUGGCUCGUCAGGUCUCGGCAGUUCAGCAGAGGAGGAUUUCCUCUCCUGUCUUUCAUCUUAUUCAGACAAACUGUCUGCAUCCUCCUCCGAGGAAGCUGAGGCACAGAACUUUGAAAGCAGCAUCCUGGGCCUUGAGAAGGCCUCUGAGUCCGCUGUGGCUAAAGCCUCAAAGCCCUCAGAAUCUGAAGCUGACUUUACUGACAGGUCAAAUGAUCUGACUUUACUUGAUGCAGCCCAGGAAACUGUUAUUCAGCAGCAGGAUAGAGAUGAAAGGGUAGAUUCAAACAAUUCAGAGACGCCAUUGGCACCGCAGUCCCCAGCGCUUACACAUCAGCAGCUCAUAAUCUCUGCCACAGAGACUGAAAGUGAAGGCGCAGAUACUCAGACACCAAACGUUUCUAAUGUCGUGUACCCCGACCUGUUGCCAAAACUGUCUGACGUACAGGCAGAGUCCAGCGUCUCUCCACAGUCUGAUGAUGAAAGUAGAGAGAGAAGCUUAAAUGAGUUCAGCAGCUCAGCGGGUUUUUGUGAGGAGUUCAAUGACAGCUCUGUAAAUAAAUGUACAGAAGUGGAGAUUCUUGCUACUCCAGGUGAUGAGUCUUCCACACUCCCAUCAUUGCACAUCACAACCUCCUCUCCUGAUGUGAAGCAGAGUUUGUGGGGAUCACCCUUUGAGAGGAGGGGUUUAGGAGGACAGGAUGCUAGCCAGUGUUACCCAGUGCCAUUUCGGUCUUUUGAUAAUUUCCUCAAUACCAGUCCUGGCCAAGACACUGACAACGAACUACUGCACACUCUAGUGUCUGAUCAGAGCUCCAGCAGCUUUUGUCGAAGCCUUUAUGUCAGCACCGACUCACAGGAUUACCUGACCUGUGAGUCUCACCCUUCUUCCAAGUGCUCCAGCUUCUCAGAGCCAGACGAGACACUACACUCUGCGAACUCAACGCUCUGCGGUGAGCUGAGUGAGAUUCAGACGACUGCUGAUGCCACUUUUGGCCUUUCCACCAGUUCAUCCAAGCCAUCUGACGGAGAAAUCAAUCAAACCGACAGAUUAGAAAAGUCCUCUUAUGUAGCCAACGACAAGACCGCGACUCUUGAGACAAAUUUCAUGAUAGAGGAUGAUCUACAAGUACUCCCUGCAGCACCAAAAGACUCUAAUGCAAGCUGUGGUCCAAAGAGGCUCAGUGAAGGAGAUGUGAAAAGCCAGCGCAUCAUCUUAGAUGACGAGUUCUCAAAAUGCCCUCAGGCCCAGUCUGCUACGCUAUACCGCUCCCAGUCUGAGGGCACACUGACGCCUGCCUUCGACAAACUCCUCCUGCCGUCAUUUGGGAGUGAUCCCGGUGCCAUCCAGGAGUCCUCCUCAGCUCAGCCAUGCCCUGAUCUCACCUGUCUGACCUCCUUUGCUCCUUCUCUAACUCCUGAAAGUAGCAGCUCCCCUGUAGAUCUCUGUUCCUUCCCUCUCCUUGCCAACACUUCGGCGAGUUCACCACCCAGCAUGGCACGAGCCGCUGCGCCAAAGCCUGAGGAGACGCAGCAGCAGCAGGCAGCCAAUCAGCAGAACAGCCCCCACCCAGUGAAGCCCCUGACCACUGCCAUACUGGCUGAGGAGAAGCGGACUGAGGGCCGGUCUGUGCUGGCCACCGGCCUGGAGAAGCUCAAGUCCACCAUCCACCCAGGGAGGAGCAGCCAGCUCAGCGAGCAGACAGACAAGAAGAAGUGUCUGACAGAGGGAGCGGGCUCGUACUACCACCUGAACCACAGCGAACUGGUCGCGUUGUUGGUGCAGCGGGACGCAGAGCUGCAGAGGCAGAAGACAGAGUUUGAGCGUCAGAAAGUUUUGCUGGCCAAGCGGGAGGUGGAGCUGAAGAAGCUGAAGCCGCAGGUCAGGGAUCUGGAGGACUACAUUGACACGCUGCUGGUGCGCAUCAUGGAGCAGAAGCCCACUCUCCUGCAAGUGCGCUCCAAGUUCAAGUGACGAGAGGGGGCAGGGGGGGGCAAGGGUUUGCAGUUCGGCCCUCAUCUGUUCACUCUAACCUCCACAACAGCUCUUUAGUCUUUUCACUGCUAUGCUGUCCUUUUUGAUACAAAUAUUUAGGCACUGAGAGAUGUCGAGGCCAUGUUUUCCAGUCGGCAUGCUUUACUGUACUGAAACACAUUCUCGUUGCAAGGUUUGGUUCGGGCGGUUUUGAAUGUAGCGGGUCCUCAGGUUGUUUUCAGGUUCACACAGCCAGUUGGUUUUAAGCUCACAGAGGAGUGAGCCCAGUGGGGAUAAAACCCAGAUGCCUCCUUUUUGGGAUCUGGUUGUAGAAACACUGAUUCCUCCUUUUCACCUCACAUGUCACUUCUAUCACCUUAUCACAAAAGAGAGAAACCGUAGGGCUUCAGUCCACAACAGUGUAUAUCCACCUAACCCCUCACUCAGUACUUCAAAAAUGUAAAUUCAAGCUGUUAGCUCGAAGGGCCACUCUGGUAGUUUUGCAUGUUUGUCACUGCUGACCUUUUCCAUCUGUUUUUAGAUUGAUUUCCACUUUUAAAGGAAGCCAUUUGUUUCAGUUUAUUUCAGUUUCAGCAUGAAAAUCAAGCUGCAGAGACUUGAUGCUCAAGAAGAGAAUCUGUGGCAGUAAACAGCAGUGCAGUUAAGAACAGGGGCUGUUUGAUCGAGCAGUUAUUGGUUGGUUAAUGGUUAAUUGAAAAAUUGCUUAAAUGAUUAAUAGAUUAUAAAAACAUUUAAUUUCCUGUUUAUUACAGUAUACAAUACAGUUACAAUAUGUUCAGUGCAAGUAAAGUGUCUGCAAGUGGUUUUUCAUGCUGCACUGAAAUGAACUCAAACUAGUGGCUGCACAAAAGGAAGGAAAUUAAAACAUUUAGUCGAUGAAAUGUCAAAAAACCAACAGUUCAAAAUCCAGAGAUACCUGAUUUAUGAUGAUAAAACAGAGAAAAGCAAGUCUAAUUAUUUAUACAGUAUUUAUAUUUCAUGAGUGAAACAUGCAAAACCGUCAGUAUCUUCCUUAUAGUGGAUAACUGGAAUGAUGUACACCCCUGUGAUUGGCGUCACUUUCUCUGGAUGGUGCAUAUGUUGUUUUGGACUGACACUCUACAAACGUUCCCUGAUAAAUGUCGAGUGCUCUGACUAGUUUUUGAAACUACAAACCAAAUGAGCGGUGUGAGACUUCAGCCUCGUCACGUGCACAUUACUGGGAACCGAACGUAGCUUAUGAAUGUUCAAAAGUGUUCUUAGCCAGCAAGUGAAAGGUUUUGUUUUCUACGCACGGAAAAGUGCAGUUUAUCUUUUGCUUGUUCCUUCCUCUUUUUCCUCUUCUUUUCUCCUCUUCUUUCUGUUCUAUGGGCAUGUUUUGAAAUUACCCAUAAUGCUCAGCCACAUAAGCUAACUGAUUGUUGUAUGGGUCACGGCGUUAUCAGGUGAAGACAGUAUCACUCAGUAUCCGAACAGCAUCAAGAUCAGCCAUCACAGCUUCUCUGAUCUCAUGCUUCUGCCUUCCCAUGUGUGCGUUGUCGACACGGCUCCACCACACUGAGAAAAAGCCUGCGACAUGCUGGUACUUGACUCCCACUCCCUCAGUGUCUGUGUGUCACAUCUGCUUCUGCUCAAGCACGCAUAGCGCUACUGCUUUCAGGUUAUAUAAAGGGAUAUAUACCGCAUUUUACAGCAGAUAUGCCGUAUUGAAAUGCCAAAUGCUGCCUUAUUUUUUUUUUUGUUUUGACAUUCAUUAAAAAUCUUGCACUUCAUUUUACUUGUCGGGGCUUGGGGCAGGUUUUGAAAGAGAAAAGCCAUCUGUUCACUGAAAGUUUUUUUGUUUUUGUUUUUUUUUUUUUCUUCUGAUGCUUUGUUAUGAUAUUGUUUAGAUCACUGCACAAAAACAAAUUGUAUGCAUACCAGUAGAAAAUGAGCAGUAACAGUGAUUUCCUGUGAAAUGCCAAAAAGAAAAAAAAAGCCUUGAAACUUAAUCUAUGGAGCAGAUUGAUACACCAUAAAGUAUUCUGAUAUGAUGCCACUGUUAACAGCAUUCGUGGAUGUUCUUGCACUACUUUAUCAUCAGAACAUAACUCUACUGUACCUGUCUGUCUGAUGUCGGUAUAGUUAGGUCUACUUUACACCGUACUGCACUUUCUAAUCGCUCUGUGAUUUCAGCACUUGGCCUACUUUGACACCACAACAAUGACUAGCCAGUGAGCUUGAAGCAUACAAAAACAUCCCAAACUGUCUUGUCAUCUCAGUUCUGCUGUGCGAUCGCAAUAUCAAGUGCAUAGAUGACUGUAGAGACAUAUUAAAUGUGACUCAGCACUUACGAAGCGCAAGAAUAAACAUCCUCCUCAAUGUCUUCCAUUUUUAAAAGUUUUUAUUUAAGUUUCAACUGAUUGUACUUUGUCCUUGAUUGUGUAGCCGGUGGAAUGUGCUUAAGGUAGGAUGUAAGAUUGGAAAGUUUACAAUUCGUGAUGCAAUUCUGUUUCACAAAUUUUGUAUAUUUAAUAAAGAAUAUUUUGUGUUUCUUGCUCACUGUA